GUACUCUGUGGAGGAGAUCGAUGAGAAGGUCGCCACCUUCAGGCUGAUGCUUCAAGAGAAAGAGGAGCCGCCAAUCAAAGAGGGAGCCCCGAGCGAGAGACCCACGGCAACGGAGACGCACCAGCUGGCCGCAGCCAAUCAGCUGAAGAACGAGCGCCUGAGAGCCGCCUUCGGGAUCCGAGACGACUACGAGGACGGGAGCUCCUUCCAUCCGGAGAGGAGAGCCCGAGAGCGGGAGAGGAGAGAGCAGGAGGAGAGGAGCAAGAGAGAGAGCAGGAGGAGAGGAGCAAGAGAGAGUACAAAAUUAUCCAAGAGGAAUCCGAGGGAUCCGCUACCUCCCCCCCGCCCCCCCCGUCGCACCAAGAAGAAGAAAAAGAACAAGGCUAAAGAGAGGAAUUCAGACAGCGAGUCUCCGUCACCGCAGCGAACGAAGAAGAAAUCAAAGAAAAAGAAACAGAGAUCCAGCUCCGAGCAGAAAACUCGGAAACGAGGGUCUCGUAGCCCAAAGGACAAAAGCAAAUUGAAGGGGAAAGAGAAGAGACACAGAAGCCCCAGCCAGUCUCCGCCCCCGCAGAGACGAGGUCACAGAGGAAGCCCCUCCCACCCGGCAAGCUCCUCCUCUUCCCCUUCCUCUAGAGGCAGUCGAAGCAAGUCCCCUAUCCCCGUCAGAGACGCACCACCCCCUCAUCCAAUCAAGAGAGGCGAGGAGGGAAGGGGGCGGUCCCCGGCCCGGUCAGCCACUCCCCCUAGAGGCAGGAAAGGCCGGGCCCACGAACACAGCAGCGGCGAGCGAUCAGGGAGCAGAGAGAAGUCUCCAGGCCGUCCCACGACAGACAGAGGCGACAGGGGGGGUCCCAGAGAGGACCCCAAAAACAGGUUGGGGUCCCCAGCUCCGAGGAAAGGGGGCAGGGAUGACAGGGGCAGAGGAGACGCCCCUAGGAGGGAGAGGGAGUCCCCAAAACGCAGGCAGAGGGGGCCAUCGCAGGACAGAGGGGACAGGGGGUCCCCCAAACACAGGCGCAGCCCCCCGAAACACAACCGGGAGGCCAGAGGAGAAAAAUGGGAGAGCAGCUUGACCAAAGACACAAGAUACAGCCCUGAAAGAGAAUCGAGGGGGCAGAGAGGAGAGAGAGGAGAAAGGGGCUCCCCUAGAAACAGGAGAGGAGGAGGAGGGGAGAGGGGGACCCCAGAAAAGGAGCACCCCAGAGCUGAGAGGAGAGACGGACCAGGAAGAGGGGGAGAGAGGGGGACCCCAGAUAGAGAUCGGAGGAUGGGGAGACCGUCCGACAGCCGUUCCAUCGAUAAAGAUCGCUCUCCUCAAAAGUCCAGGCAGAAUGAGAGGCAGAGGCCGGCUCGCUCUUCCUCCUCCUCCUCCUCCUCCUCCUCCUCCUCCCCAUCUCCCUCUCCGUCCCCCAAAACUAACGGGAAGGACCGGAGGAGAGAAGGAGAGGGGGAUAAAGGGAGGAGGAUGGGAGGAGAGAGGGCUGUGGAAGUGGUGGCUGCUCCUGCUGAAGUAUCUUUUACUGUUGCUGCUGCGAGAUCUAGUGACGGUGAUAAUGUGAAAAAUGAUAAUCGUAAUGACCGAAGCUCAGGAACUGGUAGUCUGGGUUACAAAGAACUGGGUAAACGGGGAACAGAGAUCCUGCCGCAAAAGGAGAAGUUAGGAUCGAGCUUUAGCCCCAAAAUCUCCACAAACUCUCGCUCGGAAUCUGCCAAGGUCGUCGACUCGUUUGAGGAAGGAGAGCUAGAGACGGAGAAGAGAGAUGGGAGAGGUGAGGAGGAAGAGAGGAGGAGUGAUGGGCGGAGAGGCGAGGAGAGAAAGAGGGAUGGGAGAGGCGAGGAGGAAGAGAGGAGGAGUGAUGGGCGGAGAGGCGAGGAGAGAAAGAGGGAUGGGAGAGGCGAGGAGGAAGAGAGGAGGAGUGAUGGGCGGAGAGGCGAGGAGGGAAAGAGGGAUGGGAGAGGCGAGGAGGAAGAGAGGAGGAGUGAUGGGCGGAGAGGCGAGGAGAGAAAGAGGGAUGGGAGAGGCGAGGAGGAAGAGAGGAGGAGUGAUGGGCGGAGAGGCGAGGAGAGAAAGAGGGAUGGGAGAGGCGAGGAGGAGAGAAGGGAUGGCGGGAGAAGCGAGGAGAGAAAGAGGGAUGGGAGAGGCGAGGAGGAGAGAAGGGAUGGCGGGAGAAGCGAGGAGAGAAAGAGGGAUGGGAAAGGUGGAGGAGAAAAGGGAGAACUGUCUUGCUCAACCACCUCCGAGAGAAGAAGCCAGGGCGACACAAACGCUUUGGGAAUCCGAAACGACAAGACCAGCAGGAUCGGGACUUCGGAAUCCGGAAAGCUGGGAUCGGACUCUGCUCCGGAUCACCCCGAAACAACAACUGGAGACGGCAAGAGGUCAAGAAAUUCUGGAAAAAACCCGGAAAUCGAGGAGGAAGCAGCAGCAGCAGAAGAGGAGACUCGAGGAAAGAGAACUGCGACGAAGAAAAAGGAGGGAGGAGAGAAAAAUAAGAAGAAACAGAGAAAGGGUAGCAGCUCCUCUAGCUCCAGUUCUGGUUCCGGUACCAGUUCCUCUAGUGGGUCCAGCAGCAGCACCAGCGGCAGUAGCGACACCUCUUCAAAUUCUUCAUCGUCGGAUUCUUCUUCCAGUUCCUCUUCGGAGUCAGGCGACCGGAAGACUAAAAAACCCAAGGAAAAAAACAGCUCUGCAAUCGCUGACCCCGUCGAGGGAACCUGGAAAAGUCAGAAAAGGAGGUCCAGUGGAAGAGAGGGAGAGGGGAAGGGCGAAGCAGUCAAUUCUGGAAAAAAUGAGAAGCAGGGAGAGGAAGCAGACGGGCAAAGGAGGCAGGUGCUGCCUUUGGAAGAGGAGAUGGAAGUCGAUUCUUCAGGGUCGAGGUCCGAGCCCGACCGCGGUCGGGUUUCAGAACCGAGGAGGGACACCGGCGCGGUUUCUCCGGCUUUUCCGAGACGCGGAGAGGCCAGGAGGAAUAGGGAUUCGCCGUCUCCGGGAAGAGAGAGGGAUUUUACGUCUGAGGAAAGGAGGAGGAAGAGCAAGAGGAAGGAUGAGGGGGAAAUAAUGGGAAACGGCAGAUCCAGAGAAAGGUCGACUUCUCGUCCCAGGAUGCAGAGACGCUCUCCGUCUUCCGAGAUGGGAGGGAAGGGGACGAGACGAGGCGGCAGGUCGUCUUCCAGGAGUCUGGAUAAGACGCCUCCCGACUGCGCAGCCGGAGAGAGAGGCGGGGAGAGAGGGGGAGCUCAGUUCGGUUCCAAACCCAGAGAGAGAUCCCCUCCUGUUCUUCCUCCUCCUCCUCCUCCUCCUCCUCCUCCUCCUCACAACAGACGAAGAGAUUCCUCUGGGUCUCCAGUCGCGGAAGACAACAGGACAAGAAGCGACAGCGGAAGAUCGUCUUCUAGGACGUCUGAUAAGACAUCUUCCACCAGGGAGAAGGGACCCAACGGGCAGAGGAACUCCCCUGCCUCUGCCACCACCCCCGUGAAACGCAUCUUCGAUUCCUCCUCCUCCUCCUCUGCUCCAGGCAGAGAGAGUAGCGGCGUUUCUACGUCUUCUAAGACGGUAGAUAAGACCCCGGUUUCAAGGCUCGCCCCCAAACCCAGCGAGAGAUAUUCUCCCAGCACGGCGCACACAGACAGCGACUCCUCCUCCUCCUCUUCCUCCCCAGAGAGGCGAACCAAAUCCCCGCCCAAAUCGAAGGCCCCGGGUCGCCCCCCCGUCGUCUCCAAAGCCGGCCCUCCCGGCGCGGGUUCGAGGCAGAGCCAGGGCUCUGAAUCUCCUGUCGGGAGAAGAAGCGGGACUCCUCCCCCAAGACCAGGCCGGUGGGACAAAAAAGUGUCUGCUCCUUUCCAGGGUAAAAGGUCGACGGUCGGGCAGCUGUAUUCUCCGACCCGGAGCGGGAGCUCGGACUCGGAUUCGAGGUCGCCAGUCAGGCAGGAAAGUGGUUCCCCCCCGAAAUCGGCUCCCGCCGCUGUAGCGACCGAAACGGGGGCGUGUCCGACUCCCGCGAGGCAGAGGGAGCCACACGCCUCCCCGACAGCCAGACGGAACCAGGAUCCUCCAUCUCCGGUCAGGAGGAGAAGCCAAUCUCCUCCCAGGUCCGGAAAGUGGGCCAAAGUGUUCUCGCCUCCUCCUAAAGGGUCGACCGCGGGUCGACUGCGUUCUCCGACCGGGAGGGACUGUGAUCCCGAUCCGACGGCAAGGCAAAGCUCGUCUCCUCCCAAAUCGAGCAGGUGGGAGAAAGAGGUAGACGCAGAACCCCCCCCUCAGGCUAAAGCUGCAAAACCUUUUUCUGCGCCAGGGCGACUGAGAGAAUUGUACUCCCCGAGCGCCAGGCACACCGACUCCUCUUCCUCCUCCUCCUCCUCCUCCUCUCGUUCCCCUUCCCCAACGACCGAACGGAGGGAAGCCUCGAUUCCCAAGCUGGCUUCCACCACUGCUUCCCCUUCCAGGGACAGAACCUCUGCAGACCGGAGAAGGAGGUCCCAAUCUGGGGAGAGCAGAACCAGCAGGUCCCCUCUCCCUCCUCCUCCUGCUGCUUCCAGACCAGAAACUCAAGACCGUCCCAGCAGAGAGACUUCCCCUGCCCCCCAGCAGCCCGCGAUAAGAAGGGAAAGAUCCCCCCCUUCUCGGAAACCCAGGGGCUGUUCCUCCUCGCCCCCGAAGGGUCGUGGGGGAGCCAGACGUGGAGGUUCGUCGUCCUCUUCCUCGCCCUCUCCUCGCAGGGAGGGGCCCAGAUCCCCCCCCAUGCAGUACAGGCGCUCCAAUACCUCGGCCAUUCGAAGGGAGAGGUCCCCCGUCCCAGCCCGCGGCAGAGACUCCCCGCUGGGCAGCAGGAGGGAGAGGCGAUCCCAUUCGAGGGAGAGGGAUCGGAAGAGGGGAGGAGAGAGGCUGUCUCCCAGACAACAGGACAGAUACCCGCUCAGGAGAGGUCAGCAAUCUCCCCCCGGCAGGAGAGGGGGGGGCAGGUACCAAUCCCCGAAAAGGACCCGGAAUCGAUCUAGGUCCGCCUCCCCUUACGCUAGCAGGAGAAGCUCGCCCCCUGUUCGCAGAGAGAGGGGCAGCAAUGCUAAUAACAGUCGAGGGUACUCCCCUACGUAUUAUCGGAGAGGGGAGAGGGACAGGAGGAGAGAUUCGACGCCAGCGGCGCAAUCUAGAACCUCCGGGCGGCGCCGGAGCCGGUCCGGUUCUAGAUCUGGUUCUAGAUCGAGGAGGCAGGGUUCCCCCAGAGCAAGGAGUCCGACCUACAGGUACCGCGGGUCCCCCCCUCCCUCCCGGCGCCGAUCCCGCUCUACGACGCGUUCCCGAACGGAGACGGGGCGGAGACGGGGCCCUGCCGAUCGAAGGUCUCCCCCCCCAGCCAGGGUCGGGGGUCGCGAGAGGUCACCCACCGGCCACCGCAACUCCCCGGUCCAGAACAGCGGAACCGGGCGGGUUCCAGAGCGGAAACCCAGAACCCCUCGCUCCUCCAGUUCCUCUAGCUCCUCAUCCUCCUCCUCCUCCUCUUCCUCUUCCUCCUCUUCUCCCCCCUCCCCCAAACGGAGGGACGGAGACCCCCCGAAGAGUUCUAGGUCGCCCGAGGUCGCAGCUGGUAGGAGGAGCGGGUCUAGAACGCCAGCUGAAGAUGGCAAAGCAGGCGGCAAGUCACGUUCUAGGUCACGUUCCAGAUCUCCCGGUUCGGAUGGGAAGGUCCAGGGAAGUUCUAGGUCAUCAGUCGGCAACAACAUCAUCAGCAGCAGCAAUGCAGCAAACUGGAAAAAGAACAGUUCUAGGUCUAAAUCCGGAACGCCCCCCAAUACAGCGGAUACAGCCACCGCUAGUGGGGCUGGAAGUGGCAAUAACGCACGUUCCCGAGCUCAGAGCGAGAGGCUGACGCAAGGCAAGGGAAAGUCUCCAAGUGAAUCACGUUCUAGGUCCAAGUCUAGAACCCCGGCAGCUGCCCCAACCAGCAGGGAGUCGCGUUCUAGAUCGCCCAGUGCGGCGGGAGGAGGUGGCAGGAAGGCUCGUUCGCGGGAUUCUAGGUCCCCGCAAGCAGGGCCGACGAAGAGUCAGUCGCCUUCUAGGUCUGUUACCCCCAAAGCAAGCGGGGGCGCUCGGGCAGAAAAGAGGAAGUCCGGUUCCAGAUUGCCCAGGCCCGACGACGCCGGGCAGGCGGGUUCCAGAACCCCCACGACUCAUUCCGCAGCGCGUUCUAGACCCGGAACUUCUGAGAACUCCGGAGAGCCGCCGGUGAAGAGAGGGAGAUCGGAGCCAGCUGUGGUAGAGGAUGAGGAGGGGAGGAGAGAGGCUUCGUCGUCUUCCUCAUCCUCAUCAUCCUCCUCCUCCGAUUCGAGUGACUCGGAAUCUGAGGGAAGCAAGAAAGCCAGUUCACAAACCCAAGGGGGUGUGGCCGAAUCCAAGGGGGCGGGCAGUAAGAAGAGCUCCUCCUCCUCCUCCUCAGACUCCUCCUCCUCCUCUUCAGACUCCUCCUCCUCUUCGUCGGAGAGCGAGGCUCCCGCAGAGACAACCGCAGGACAGGAUGGGAAACGUCCCAGGAAGCCAGCUGAUUCGCUGAGAGACUCGCGAUCACUCAGCUACUCUCCGCCCACCGACGGGAGAAGACACGCCCCCGCCCCGCCCACUCGCAGGGGUCAGAGGUCGCCCAGCCCCUCCCCUCAGAGGAAGAGGAGGAAGGGCUCCCUCGAAUCCGGGCGCAGGUCUCCGUAACCAUGAGUUCCCAACGACUCCCUCGAUUUUAUUUGUUAUAUAUACUGUAUGAAUAACAUCGACCUGUAAAAAAAAAAAAAAUAAUAAUAAUAAU